GAAGAUCAAGUUGCGCCUGCCUGAAUAAGCACGAUACAUGGGUGACCCCGCGUUAUAUGCGUUCUGACCGCGCAGACACCUAGAUCACAAACAUUCAUUGCUUUCUAGAAAUUAGUUGCACCAAGGUGUUUGUACUGAAUGGAAUUACACCCUGUCAAGCGUGUCCAACCAGAAUGAUCGUCGCAACCCUACUAUGCCUCCUCUUCACCCAAUGCUUCGUCGCCUAUCCGCUAUACCAACUGUAUCGCAACUACGUUUCCGCUCGGAGAUCUGGCUUACGCAUCAUCGUCAGUCCUAUCACCCCAUAUACCCUGCAGUGGCAGCUGGCAGCCAGCCUUCUCCGACCGCACCUGCAAGACUACCGGUGGUUUAGGGCCAUUGACUGGACAUGCUGCUGGCAAGACAACGACAAGUUACAUCGAGAACUAGGUCUUUGCUUCAUUGUGGUGGCCCCGGGACAUAACAUACUAUGUACGAGUGACCCGAAAACGAUUGAACAUGUGCUCAAGGAUUGGAGGGGUUUUGUAAAGCCUGACAAUGUGAAUGAGAUCCUGGGCACGUUUGGGCAGAACGUCGAUACGUCAAAUGGUGAUGAUUGGAUCCGUCAUCGUAAGCUCACAGCGCCCUGCUUCAACGAGCGAGCCUCGGCCACAGUGUGGAACGAAGCUCUGGAACAAUCGAAAACCAUGACUGAGCGCUGGCUCUCAUCACCCGGCGGAAAGACAAACAGCAUGAUCAAGGAUACCGGUACACUGGCGCUCAACGUCAUUUCUUCAGUCGCUUUCGAGACUACAGAAGUCAAUGAACCGACACCAGGGCACACACUAUCACUUCGCGAUGCACUAGUAACGGUAAUGAGUACUUCGAUAUCUCCGGCUAUAGAGAGUAUCGUGCCACUCUUCAAAUACCCCGUACUCCAAUCGAUACUUCCAAUUAGUACUAAGGAAUUGCUAAGCGCUAUGCAUGAGUUUCGGCAGUACAUGGACGAAACUAUCGCGAGAGAGCGAUCAAAAGUGGCCGGCGGGCAAUUCAAAGCUGCUACACUCAUCAGCACACUGAUCAGUGCCAACGAAAAAGCCAAGACCGGAAGUGGAGUGUCAAAGUCCAAACUCUCAGAUGUUGAGCUCAGAGGCAAUAUCUUUAUCUUCGCAGUUGGUGGACUGGAGUCUACUUCCAUCACACUAUCAUACGCAUUGACUUUACUGGCUGUGUAUCCUGACAUCCAAGACUGGGUAGUGGAAGAGCUGGAUGAAGUUCUGAAAGACGAAGCGGCUGAUGAAAUGGAGUACACAAAUAUAUUCCCGCGAUUGAAGAGGGUGAUGGCUGUCAUGUACGAAACGCUGCGUCUCUACGGUCCUUCACCGCCUCUUCCGCGCUCGCCUUUUCCUGCACAUAUCCAGCGAACCAUCCCACAAACCAGUUCAGAAUUCGAGAAAGCCAAUGAGACUGUUCUUCUUCCGGCUAACACCCAAAUCAUGCUCAACUCAUGGGCAUCUCAUACCUCAGCCGCCAACUUCUCCGAUCCGCUUACAUGGAACCCGAAGCGCUGGAUUCAGACUCCACCCUCGGACAAUAACAAGACGGCUCUAUCUGAGAUGCUGUCUGCUGAGGAGCUCAAGCACCCAACGAGUGGUAGUGGUUUCUUCGCAUGGGGUACUGGUCCGAGGAUCUGUCCGGGAAUGAAAUUCAGUCAGGUGGAGUUUUGCAGUGUAUUGAGUAGUGUUCUGAAAAGGGUCAGAGUAGAAGUAGUGUUUCAAGAGGGUGAGAAGAUGGGGGUGGCUAAGCAGAGGGUGAUGAGUAUUUUGCGGGACUCAUGUGCAGACCCGCUGCUACUUCAUGUCAGACAACCAGAAAAGUUGGAGUUGAGGUUUUUCGAGCGCUGAGACUAAUUGAUAGUGAAUUUGGUCCCUGGCAGUAGCAGCGUGGAGACUUUUUGUAGUUUUGUAGUGAUAGUAAC